CACAUUUUACUUGACAGUAAAAACUGCCACUGACUGGUAUCAGUCCAGUUUUGUGGGCUUUUCGGGUGUUUACAACGUUUAUUCACUUGGACGUCAGAUGGCAACAACCUCGGUAAACAUUGUAUGUAAGAUUUUUCGGGCCAACGAACAUGUUGUCUUGUAAAAAGUUUUUUGAUUGGCGCUAGCUGACACUAGAGUUAGCUUUCAGGAGCGGUACGGAAACGAGAGAGUUCUGGUUCUUAGCUCUUUAGCAGUGAAGUUCACUGACCCUCGGCUACAUGGCAACUUAGGACUGGGCCGUAAAGUUCACCUGGACUGCUGCUUUAUUUAAAAUGUCCCAUCUUGAUUCGGACGUCACCACUCCGCUUCUCCGUGACGAUGCAAACAGUGAUGACUUCCAGGAUGGGGACUACAGGAGCCGGUGGAGGUCAAUCCGAGUCAUGUACUUCACCAUGUUCCUCAGCAGUGUAGGUUUCACUAUCGUCAUCACAUCACUGUGGCCCUAUUUGGAAAAGGUGGACAGCAGUGCCGACGCCAGCUUCCUGGGCUGGAUGGUAGCAGCCUACAGUCUGGGUCAGAUGGUGGCUUCACCUCUCUUCGGUUUGUGGUCCAAUCACCGGCUGCGCCGGGAGCCGCUGGUCUGCUCCAUCUUCAUCAACCUGGCGGCGAACAUCUACUACGCCUACGCCUACCUGCCCAGGACCAACAACAAGUACCACAUGCUCUUGUCCAGAGCCUUCGUGGGCUUCGGCGCAGGUAAUGUUGCUGUGGCGAGGUCGUACAUUGCUGGAGCGACAUCACUAAAGGAGCGGACUGGUGCCAUGGCCAACAUGAGUGCCUGUCAGGCUCUGGGCUUCAUCCUUGGACCCGCUCUUCAGGCGUGUCUGUCGUUCAUCGGUGAAAAAGGCGUCACAGUGAACGUCAUCGACCUGCAGCUGAACAUGUACACUACACCGGCCUUACUGGCUGCUGCGUUUGGCCUCAUCAACAUCCUGCUGGUUCUGCUGGUGUUUAAAGAACAUUCCGUGGAUGAAGAAGGAAGGAACGUCCAGUCCAUCAACUACUCCUCAGAAGACAGAGUCAGUCUCCUUGAUGAAACGGAAGAAUCCAUCGACCACUUUGCCGUUCUGAUCUCCAACGUCCUGUUCUUCACCAUCAUGUUUAUCUUUGCCGUGUUUGAAACAAUCGCCACUCCUUUGUCCAUGGACAUGUUCGCCUGGACCAGGAAGGAAGCCGUGCUGUACAACGGCAUCAUCAUGUGUGGCAUCGGCUUUCAGUCCAUCCUGGUGUUUCUGGCUGUGAAAGCAGCCUCUCAAAGGUUUGGGGAUCGCCCCGUGUUGCUCGUAGGCUUCUCCGUUAUUCUCUGUGGCUUUGUGGUUCUGCUGCCGUGGGGAAAUCAUUUCCCUAAGAUCCAGUGGGCAGAUCUGAGAAACAACUCACUGGUCAGUCGCCUGUCUGAAAUCUCAUUAGCUGCCAACAACUCCUCGGAGCCAACGGGCUGCCCUUAUGAGCAGACCUGGUGUCAGUACACACCUGCCAUACACCUCGCUCAGUACAUCUCAUCAGACAUCCUGAUCGGGGUGGGUUACCCAGCAUGCAACGUGAUGUCCUACACCCUGUAUUCCAAAAUCCUUGGACCAAAGCCUCAGGGUGUGUACAUGGGCUGGUUGACGGCCUCGGGGAGCGCAGCCAGAACACUGGGCCCUGUCUUUGUCUCUCACGUCUACACGCUUCUUGGGCCUCGUUGGGCAUUUAGUCUCAUCUGCGGCAUGGUGGUGGGAGCCAUCGUCCUCCUGACCUCCUUUUACAGCCGACUCAUCGCCUUUUCUGUUCGCCACGGACGCGUCGUAGAGUAAAUACCGUUCCCAUCGUGGAAACUAAAAGCACUGAUUUGCUGCUGAUGAAUCUGACUAAACUGUUUCUUACUUUACAAAAGGAAACUGGCUAAAUAAUAAUUUGAAACUCAGGGUUUUAAUCUUAAAUCUCAACAGUAACAGCGGUGGAUUACCGUAUUUCUCAUGACUCAUCCUGAGACGGUUGCACAAAGAGAGAGCCCUGCACUGAACCUCUCCUGUCAUGACACAGUUGGUACAAACCUACUUCAGCAUAUCAAACGUGAUGUUCUACAAAAUAAAAGUAUGUUUCCUGUUUCUUUUAACAGUUCUACCUGUUGUUGUUUAAAACAACAAGUUUUAUUAACCUUAAAUUAUUCAGAAAGUGAUUUCUGGUUGUUUACUGUCACUGAAUGAUGCAUUAAAUUUUAAUGUGACCUUCAUUA